AGUUUUCCUUUCCUCAGCACAAACCCUGAGUCGAAACCCUAGCUCUCAGCAGGGAUGCAGAUAUUCGUCAAAACUCUCACGGGGAAGACCAUCACCCUUGAGGUGGAGUCUUCUGACACCAUUGAUAAUGUUAAGGCCAAGAUCCAGGACAAGGAGGGCAUCCCACCAGAUCAGCAACGUCUCAUCUUCGCAGGAAAGCAGCUCGAGGACGGUCGCACCCUCGCCGACUAUAACAUCCAGAAAGAGUCCACUCUCCAUCUUGUCCUCCGUCUCCGCGGUGGCGCCAAGAAACGUAAGAAGAAGACAUAUACCAAGCCCAAGAAGAUCAAGCACAAGCACAAGAAGGUGAAGCUCGCUGUCUUGCAGUUUUAUAAGGUUGACGACUCCGGAAAGGUGCAGAGGCUCCGCAAGGAGUGCCCCAACGCUGAGUGCGGNGCUGGAACCUUCAUGGCUAACCAUUUCGAUCGUCACUACUGCGGCAAGUGCGGUCUCACUUAUGUAUACCAGAAGGCGGAUGCCUAAUUUCGGNUUUUGUUCGUUCAGUGUUGGGACGUUUUUAAUUAAACUUUUAUGAAAUACUUUAUCGAUUUGGAUUACCUAUUAUUCGCAUACAUAUUUUGUUAAUUCCAUUGAAGUAGUUUAUAUCGAAUUGCUAUGGUGGUUAUUGUUCUAUGAUAUGUCGAGAGUGUGGUAUAAUAAAUGGAUGUUGUAGGUUGAGAUUGGAAA